ACCCACUCUCUUUUUGCCUUUUCUGAUCAAGAAGAAGAAAAUGGGAAGAAAUCUGGCUCUCUUGCUAUGCUUCUCUAGCCUCCUCGUUGGAUUAACAGUUGCAGACUGGAAAAUCUUGAACCAGAGGAUAUGGAAGAACAACAAUGGAUUGAAGAUCACCCUCAAGAACUACUGUGAGGCUUGGAGGAUAAAUGCAGAGCUUCACAACAUUCGCAACUUCGAGAUUAUCCCUGAAGAAUGCACUAACUACAUUGGCAAGUACAUGAGCUCCACUCAGUACAAGGUGGACUCUGAGAUGGCCCUAGAAGAGUGCACCAUCUAUCUUAGCAACACCUUCACCUCUACGGGUGAUGAUAGGGAUUCAUGGAUUUUCGGUGUCGAUGAUACCCUCCUCUCCAAUGUUCCUUACUUCAAGAACCAUCAUAACGGGGGUGAGAAGUUAAACAUAACCUCCUUUGGAGAAUGGAUGAGAGAGAGGAAGGCUCCAGCUCUUGAGCAUACAUUGAACCUCUUCAAUGAGAUAAAGGAAAAGGGAAUUAAGAUCUUUCUGAUUUCUUCAAAGGGAGAGCACCUAAGGGACGCCACCAUUGACAACCUCUUCAAGGUUGGUUACAGUGGUUGGUAUGGUCUCAUACCAAGGAGUGAUGAGGACAACUGCAAGACCGUGCAACAGUACAAAGCAGAGCAAAGGAAGGUGCUGAUGAGUAAGGGUUACCGUAUUUGGGGAAUGAUUGGAUCCCAGUGGAGCAGCCUCUUGGGACUUCCCAUUGCGAGGAGAACAUUUAAGCUUCCCAAUUCCUUAUACUACCAUCCUUGAAAAACACCCACUUUUCAUGAUUCAUCAACCACU